GCCAUCCUGACUGUUAUAUCUCUCUGGGUUCAUCUUGUCUCUCUGGCUUCAUCUUAUCUCCAGGAUGGUGUGCGUCUUGCUCCCCGUUGGCUUCUGGAUACAAGUGCUGGCUAUGACUCUGUUGGUGCUGAAUUCCCAUGUGGCUGCAGGCAGACACACCCCAGAGCAUUUCACUGAACAGGCAAAGGCCGAGUGUCACUUUGUGAACGGGGUGGAGCACGUGCGGUUUGUGGUGAGAGUCAUCUACAAUCGGGAGGAGAUUGUGCGCUUCGACAGCGACAUGGGGGAAUUUGUGGCUGUGAAGGAGCUGGGGCGGAGGAUUGCUGAGCAUUGGAACAGCCAGAAGGAGAUUCUGGAGAACACACGGGCCUCAGUGGACACAUUGUGCAGGCACAAUUACGAGUUAUCUGAGCCAAUGUUACUGCGCAGGAGCGUUAAGCCCGAGGUGACUGUGUAUCCAUCAAAGAGGGCUCCCCUGGGACACCACAACCUGCUUGUCUGCUCUGUCAACAGUUUCUAUCCUGGGGACAUUGAGGUCAGGUGGUUUCUGAAUGGGCAGGAGGAGACAGCUGGGGUUGUGUCCACAGGCCUGAUCAGCAAUGGAGACUGGACCUAUCAGAUCCUGGUGAUGCUGGAAAUGACCCCCAAGCAUGGAGAUAUCUAUACCUGCCAAGUGGAGCACUCCAGCCUUCAGAGACCUGUCAUCUUGGACUGGAAAGCACAGUCUCAAUCUGCCCAGAAUAAGAUGCUGAGUGGCGUCGGGGGCCUUGUGCUGGGGCUGAUCUUCUUUGGGGUUGGCCUCAUUGUCUACAAGAGGAGUAAAAAAGGAAAUCAGGUUCUCAACCAACAGAGCUCCUGAACUGAUCCCUGAACUUGUGUCCCCUCAGCCUCAGUCCCAUGUUUGGAGACCGCUGCUUGUGACCAGAUCUCCAGGACAUUUAGCCCUACUGACCCUUCCCUGGAAUAGCUCCUUUCCUGUACCUUUCACUUUGUCUAGACUCUUGGCAUUUCAUCAACAGAGCGUCAAUAACUCUCUCCACCCUCCUUUGUUUCUGUACCUUUUUUAAAAUUCAUUUUUGACCCUUGGGCCUUCACCCUAGUAAUUAGAAAACUGAGAAUCAAGUGGUACUUGGUGAAUCUGUCAAAGUGUGAAAUGCCUCCAGAGGUGAAGACUGCAAGCCACCCACACCUUUUCAUUCUAGGUGCCUCUUGUCCAUUUUCUUCCAUGAUUCCUGCAGAGGUUGAGUAACUAGCCUGCUGGUGGCCUUCCUCUACAUUUCUUGGUAUUACAUAGAUACCAAUGGCCCUCGCAGGCUGUCUCCCCAGAAAUCCUUAGCUUUCCCUCUGUAAUGCCCCCCCCCCAUUCUGAUGAUACAUCUCUCUGAUGGCUUUCCUUCUACCACUUCUGCUCAGUUCUUCUUUGAUGAUAUGCUGUAGCGUAUGCUUGCCUAUGAUGUGCCUCUCCAUUGGGCUUUUAAAAAUUAAAGUCUUAGUAAUACAUUUUGUGUUUAUGUUAUAUUCAUUGCUUAAUAUAGACCUGAUACCCAUUGCCUUUCCUAAUUACAAAAUUUUUACUCAAAAGUUCCAUGAUAACCAUCGCACUGAUCACAUAUAUCCAGCAGUAUAUGCAACAAUAUAUACCCAUAAUCUCCCCUCUUCCAUGAAAUGUUUAUUUUCUCUUCUCUGUGGCCAAGCUUGGUGACUCUAAUUAUAUAACAUCCAGCACCAUUCCCACCCCCACCCCCAUUUUGUAG